CUUCUUUUUCUUUUUCUACUACAGUGAAAAAAGAACAGGAUGGAACAGAUGACAAGAAAACGGCUCAGAAGAAGAAGGUGAAAGAAUUGAAAGUGCUGGAUGGUAAAACUGCACAGAAUCUGUCUAUCUUCUUGGGAUCUUUCCGACUUCCAUACGAGGAGAUAAAGAACGUUAUCCUCGAGGUCAACGAGAGCGUCCUCACUGAGUCUAUGGUGCAGAACCUGGUUAAGCAGCUUCCAGAAGCAGAACAAUUGAGUGUGUUGUCAGAAAUGAAAGGGGAAUAUAAUGAUCUGGCUGAGCCUGAACAGUUUGGUGUUGUGAUCAGCACUGUGCCAAAGCUUCAUGUUCGUCUGAACGCCAUCCUGUUCAAGCUGCAGUUUGAAGAGCAGAUCAACAACAUCAAGCCAGACAUUGUGUCUGUGAUUGCCGCCUGCGAGGAGCUGAGCCAGAGUGAGAACUUCUCCAAGUUACUGGAGCUCAUCCUGCUGGUCGGGAACUUCAUGAACGCGGGUUCAAGGAACGCCCGCGCCUUUGGCUUCAGCAUCAGCUACCUCUGCAAACUUCGAGACACCAAGUCUGCUGAUCAGAAGAUGACUCUCCUGCACUUCCUAGCUGAGAUCUGUCAGGAGCAGCACCCAGAAGUGUUGCACUUCAUAGAUGAACUGACCCAUGUGGACAAAGCAAGCCGAGUUUCUGCUGAAACGCUACAGAAGAACGUAGACCAGAUGUUAAAGCAGAUUUCCAACUUGGAGAAAGAUGUACAGGCAUUCCCUCCAACCACCAACGAGAAAGACAAGUUUGUGGAGAAGAUGGAAAGUUUUGUCAAGACUGCCCGAGAGCAGUAUGAGAAGCUGGCCCUCAUGUACAACAACAUGGAGAAGCAAUAUGAGGACCUGGGGGCCUACUUUGUCUUUAACCCCAAAAAGAUAUCUGUGGAGGAGUUCUUCGGGGACCUCAGCAACUUCAAAAGCAUGUUCCAGCAAGCGGUGAAGGAGAACCAGAAAAGGAAGGAGGCAGAGGAGAAAAUCCGCAAGGCAAAACUGGCGAGGGAGAAAGCAGAGAGGGAGAAAGAAGAGAAACAGAAGAGGAACCAACUCAUCGACAUUAAUGCAGAGGGUGAUGAAACUGGAAUUAUGGAUGGCCUGAUGGAAGCCUUGCAGUCAGGUGCCGCCUUUAGGAGAAAGAGGGGCCCUAGGCAGGCGGCCAACAGAAAAGCUGGCAAUGCUGUGACAUCCCUCCUGGCCAAAGAGCUGAUGCAGGAGGACGCGAUAUCUGCUGCACCGCUGAAAAAGAAGAAAGAAGAAAAGAUUAAAGAGAAAACAAUGGCUGAACCAGAACAGGAAGCACUCGAAGAUAUUUUAGAGGCUGCGCCUGCCAGAUCAAGUUAAUAAUUAAUCAAUUGAGAAUGAAGAACACAGAUCAUGACUGCAGCCUGAGUGAAAUGACUAGUGUCACUCAAAUAUCAGUGUGGGUUGGUACCUGUAGUACAGGCUGUGGGUUCUUCUACAGGAGUUCUUUUUGAAGAUGAUCCAUGGCAUUCACUUGGUGAGGGACCAUUUCUUCUCAGCAUCCCACAGUUUAUUUUUAGCACCAGUAUCAAUGCUGAACAUUACUAUUUACACUGGAUUAGGGUUAACUUUAGUGGCGCCUAACAUGCUUAUACAUACCAUUAAAAAAAAAAAAAUCAAAUUUAUAUCUGUGCAUAUUCCAGACUUUACUGGAUCUACAAACUUUCUGAGACUGCUAUUGUCAUACAUAAAUACUUUUUUUUUGUUUUUAAAUCAGCAUAGAAAUUGAAUAUUUAAAAUUAUCUUUAAUCUUACUGGUCAAAUUAGAUUGAAGACUGCAAGGGACAGUUUUGAGCAGAUUGUGCUGGCUCACUAUUUGGCUGAAAAUGACUAAAACAUUGUUUUGCAGGUUGCUGGUUUAAAAAUACUGUAGGGUGCAUUGUAAAGUAAAUAGAUGUAGUUAUAACAAGUGCCAAUCUGCCUUACAUCUGCACAUAUUUCAACUAAUACAAUUCAUCAAAUGAAAAGGUGCUGAUAAGAAAGUUCACUUCCACAUCAAUUGUUUUAUAAUGCAUUUAUACUUGUGUUUAUUGUAUUAAUUUUAUUUGUAGCUACCAUAGUCUGGUACCUCUGUACCUUUCGGUACUUUUUUGUUUUGUAUGUCGUCUUAUCUUUUUAUAAAGUAGUUUCUUAAACAUAUUUAUACAAGCACUGGAUAAAUAAAUAUAUAUAUAUAUAUAUAUAUAUAUAUAUAUAUAUAUAUAUAUAUAUAUAUAUAUAUUUACGUGUACUUCAGUCUUCUCAGUAAAUUGCAUACUUUCCUGUUGGUUUUUAGUCCGCUUCAGCCAUAAGUUGACAUGUUCACAAUGUUGGGUAUUUACUAUACAGCUGUGAACAUGUGGUUGGCACCCAAAACUGAGAAACAUGCUGCAUGAAGGAGGAGGAGCAUAAACUAAGGCCUGAAGGUACACGUUUCAUUUUGGGGGUCAGACUUGAAACAAGAUUAUGAAACAAAAACUUCUAUUUGAAAUAGAAUUGAUUUAAAGAGAAAAAAAAUACAUCUAGUAUAAAAAAUGUUUAAAUAAAGUGAAAAACAUGUUAAUGGGAUUCAUAUCUGGGGGGUUUCCAAAAAAAUCCUUUCCAUGUAAGGAUAUAUAAAGACACCGAGCUUUGAGAUUCAUGUAUUAUAUAUUCAUCUAUACAACUUGGUAUUCUGCUCAAAUACUUAAAUAUACAAACCUUAUCCAAUUUGUCUUGAGUAUAUUUUUUUGUCAGCAAGGUGUGUGUGUCGUGUCAUGUGUCCUCCCCCUCCCCACCUCCAGCUCCAAUAAUUUAUUACUGAUGUUGUUACCAUGGGCGACUUAAUUCCUAUAUUGCUGUUCUGGAUUGCCAGUCACUUCAUUUGUGCAAAGGAUGGAUGACUGUUGUCAGGAAUACUACUGUGUUUUUUUUUUUUUUUUUUUUUUUUUUUUUUUUUAAUAUUUCAAACUAAAUAUUAAUACGAAAGUGUGCAACUUGGACCAUGAAUUGCAUCCCUUCUGUUGUAAGUUGGUGAUAGACAAGAGCCUUGCUGCUUUUAUCCUUUCCAUUAUUAUUAUCUUUUAUAAUGGUCAAAAGUGUUGCUGCAAGACUGCUUUUUUAUGGUUGUUAGGAAUGGAAGCAAGAGAAUAUCUGUUUGUAAUAUCUGAGAAUGUUUCUCCCUCCGUGCUGUAUGUGUUGUUUUUUUUUUUCCUUCUCCCCAUCAUUCUCAUUGUUGCAGGAACAUAUGAAGGACAAAAAUCUGCAAACCAGAAGCUUAUUGGAGAUUAUCCAAAGGAAAUACCAUGCAAGAUACACAUUUUACAAGCUUGCAGAAAGAAAACAAUAACUUUCUGGUUACUGUAUGUAUAUGUUUGCAGGAGGCCAGGAUAUCAAAUUCCUGUUAUUCUGUUAACAUGCGUUUGCAACACGGUUAUUCUUUUUAGGUUAUUUUUAUCAUCAUCAGCUUGCAACACCAAAUGACAACUUAGUAAUAACCCUGCAACUGCAGCUUUUUCAUAUGAAGUCUUUUUUUGUAAAGAGGCAUCUGUUUGUAAAGGAUAUCCUCAUUUGCUGCACUUAUGUUUAUGUAACACUGCCACGUCAGGGGUUAAAUUCAUGGAACAAGAGGAGAAAAGGCAGGACGUGUUUCCUUUACACAGAGCUCGAGUUUGUCUCUAAUUCAUUAAGGAAGCACCUGGGCAUGAGGCCCAAAAAAAAAAAAAAAUGCGCUGUUUGCUUUUCAUGACUCCUGCCGGAAUUCUUUAAAAACAAAGUUCUCUUGUUUUCUUUAGAGCUUUCAAGACUUGGCAAACGGAGGGUGGUGUUCAGAACAGGAAGUAGAUAGAUGGCGCUAUAAGACCACAAAAUGUAACUUGCCUGUAGCUGGUCAUUGCAACGCCCUCCAAACUUCCUGUUUCGUAAUAUCCUCCUGUGAUUCUUUAGCAGGCCUUGCAUUGGGCAUACAUUUAGGUUUUGUAUUGGUAAGUUUAUUACAGUGGCCAACAAGUAAAUGACUAGAUUUCUUGAUAUUCUGGUCUGUCACUCCCUUGGUAGUGAUUUUAAAAAGUGACAACAUUUGAACUAUAACUAAACUAGAUGUACGGUCAUAAAAGAAGGAUAGAAAAACAUUUCCAAAACGAGCCCCCUGUAAUCAGUGCUCAUUUUAUGUUCAUAGUUAUAUAAAUUAAUAUUGCACAACCAUUUAUUAUCAAUAAUGAUUAGAAAUUAUUGAUCAUUUCUAAUGUAGAGAAAAUGAUCCAAUAUAUAAUAUAAACCAUAUCCACCUGCUAUGUGAAAUAUUUAAUAUAAUGAGAAAUUCUGAGAAAAACAGAACAUUUUCCAGAUAUACUGUAGUGUUUCUAAUACAUUAUUUUAUUGUUGUAUUGUAUUAACAUUCAAAUGCCCUUUGCUGCUGAUUUAAAAAAAAAAAAACACUUAAAAAUGCUAUGCAGCAUUUGACUGUCAAUGUAUUGAUAAGGCCUGCAGUGCUUUUGGAGUUGUGAUCACAUACCAUACAUCAUGCACAUGCAACAGAUGUGUCCAUACUACUACAGUUUAGUGCAUUUGGUGCUGGUAUUUGUAACUUUAAUUCUACAAUGUUUUAUUGAUGUACUGGUAACAUCUAAAGCUGCAAAGUGAUGUGUUUCUGGAAGCAAUCUGUUUUGCAUAUUUUUUUUCUGAGACUUGUUGGGUGGCAAAGUCGUAAUCUCUGCAAUGAUGUAAUUGGACCUUAGGUGUCAGGAAACAAUGGCAGAAUCCAAAUAAUGCAGUGGAGAAGAUAUUUAUUCAUAUAGUCAUAGCUUUUAAUAUACAAAUUGAGAGGGUAAUAAGCAAGAUUUGAAUGCAUUACUGCACAACCUACUUAAAGCAAUGGCACCACAUCUCAAAAUAAAUAAUGGAUAUUUUAAAAAGUCCUCAGCGUUGGCAAUUUAUCAUCAUGGGUUUCCAUAACCCUUGACCACUUAGAAUGCAUGUGGUCAUUACACACAAGUAAUACAAGAGCAAGAAAUAUAUUCUGUGGGCCUUAUCCACAUACUAAUAUAUCAAUCCUGUACCAUUCCACAUAACUUGUUUUACAGUACAACCACUGAGUAUUUUCUUAUAUGUUUUAAAUAAAGCUUUUGCUAUAUAUAAAUAAACAAGUGUUGUAGUUUUAGAUGCAAGGGCCAUACAAUCAGCUGUAAAACUACAUUUUUUUUAAUUUAUUUUUUAAGUUUUUCUGCUAACAUUUUAUUGACUGUUACAGUUAUUUUUGGAUGUAAAUGUAAACAAAAAUGUUUUCUACUGCAGUGGUUCAACUACUGAAUGAACAUUAUAGCUGUUUUAAAGGGCCUCUUCUUGUCUGCUGUACAAAGGUGGUUCCUUGCUGAGUUGCAGAGGGGAUGAAGUAACUACUGUACUAUUUUGACUUGCACCUUAUAUCACCCACAGGUCAUUGCUGGAGAAAAAUAUGUUUCACCACAACUUGGUUUCUUUGACAUAUACUAACCCUAAUAGUGCAUUUACAGGGGUGAUUAUAUUGUGGUAAUGUAUUCCACACAUGACAACCCAGGCAGUCAAAACAACUUUUCGAACUAUAUGUGGUGGGGAAAAAAGCUUUGCAAUUAUAGAAAUUAGAAUUGCUCUGUAUGACCACAUUUUCUUUUCAUUGGCGUAAGUCCAUUUAUUUUAGUUUGAGUGUUAAAUAAAGAAAAGCAUUAGCACAUACAAUAAAAUUAGGUAAUCCAUUUUGAAGAGAGUGUUUCUUUAUAAAGAUAUAAUAAUGGCUCCUGAGAUUGUUAUUCACAAUCAUAAUGCCUUCAGUGUCUGCUGUACAGUAUGUACCCUCAUACUGUACAGAUCAACAUGUAUAAGCAUGUGUGUAGAUCUUUACAUACAUCCUCAAUAGUGACUCAUGCACAGAUGGAAAGCCAUCACUUUGUUUCCAUUGUCUGAUUUGAUGCUCAACUUUGAGAGGUUUAGCAGAUACUUCAUUAAGACACUGGAGCAGCACUAAGCUCUACCUGCUUGAAUUGGAUUGUACAGAGACCACUGUUAGAUUACGUACAAACCAGUGGCAGUUUGUGGAUACAGAUUCAUAACCUGGGGAUUUGUAGAAAAGCAGAUUUAAUUUACCUUUAAAAUAAAAUUUAAAUGACAAAGAGAACAAUGUAAAAUUCUAAAUAAAACCUGGAAACUCAAGUGAAGGUGUUUUCAAAGAAUUCUGCUAAUGAGUCCAAUGUGUUUUAGUAUUCUAACCCUCUGUAAAAACAAGAGGUUAUAAUUUAAGUAUGGUUUUUUUUUUUUUUUUUUUUUUUUUUUUUUUUGUUU